AUGAAGCGAUCCACGGCUUCAUUCUCGUCGUCUCCUACAACUCAGAAGACCAAAAAAGCGAAGCUGAGCACAGAAUCCACCGAAGAUGAAAUGAAAAUCGCAACGGACAAAGUAGAAGGUGGGGGAUGGACCAAAGUAGAAAAACGCAAGAAGAAAAAGGCCCAUAAGGCAGAACUAAAACUUGAUGUAAUGCCUUUAACAUCAGAGAUCUCGCAGACCACCCAGCCUAAGUUCAUGUACUCGAAUGGUGACAUAUUACAGAGACAGAGAGCGAUUGGUAUUGAGGAAGUUCGUGACUUGGCUCUGCAUAUAAUUGCCGAUGCUCCUCCUCCAAACUGGCUUCGCAUUGAAAAUGCUCAGUUAAUACCGAAAGUGGUCGUGAUUCUUGUACCAGGACUGACACCAGACGUUCUUGGAAUACCUCCUCCGCCAACAAGCGCGCUCAGAAACCCUAAUCUUCCAAUAUCUAUUCCGCUUCCUCCUCGUCAAGAUCCUCUCAAUCCCACUCCAACAAGUGUCCCAACAAGUGUCCCGUUCAUCGGGUCAACGUUCAGUCACGCCUGUCCAACGCGCGCGCCAGGCGACCAGACGAAGAUGCACAGUGUUCUGAGCACGUUUUUCAAUCUCCCGAUCAGUGGGGCCGAGAAAAAAAGACGACUAGAAGUAAAAGCAAAAGUCAAAACCUCAGAAUAUGGAUCGUCAGACCCUUCGGAAUACAUACUCACAGUUGAACAAAUGAUUGAGAACGAAUAUCCGAUACCGUCAUAUAUGGCCGAUGUUGACAAUGAGAGGCCCCCGGGCUGGGUCGAGACUCCCGAGGAAACUAAGCUCGGUGAUCAAGACCAGAAUCCAAGACCAAGGCGAAAAGUGUAUGGCAUUGAUUGUGAGAUGUGCACGACUGAGGACGGUAAAGAGCUCACCAGAGUCUGCAUGAUUGACUAUGAUACCCAACUGGUUGUAUACGACGAACUGGUGAUACCCAACAAACCCGUCGUAGACUAUCUAACCCGGUGGUCAGGGAUCACUGCGGAAUCGCUCGCUACUGCAACGACCACAUUCGCAGAAGCACAAGCUAAUGUUCUCAAAUUACUCAGCCCGGUUUCAUCGCACAUACCAAAGGCGAAUCCAUUUUCUACCAUACCAUCUGUUGCUUCUUCCUCUGCACCUCUGCUAACCCCGAUUCUCCUCGGACAUUCUCUCGAAUCUGAUCUCAAAGCUCUGAAAAUCGCCCACUCCUUUUGCGUGGACACUGCUCUGAUUUACUCUCAUCCGCGAGGACGACCGUUCAAACCCGGCCUAGCUUGGUUGACAAAGAAAUGGUGCGGAAGAGAGAUCCAAACUCGUGGAGAAGGCGGGCAUGACCCAGAAGAAGACGCGCGCGCCACGAUGGAGCUCGUGCGGAAGAAGGUUGAGAAUGGACAUGAAUUCGGAGAGUUCAAGGCAGACCUAGAAGGUCUUUUCGAGAGAAUGGGUAGAGCCGUAAAGCGCUCAUCUACAUCUACAGUCAGUACGGGAACUGGUGGUGAAAAGAUACGGACAGCAGUGGUUGAUCAUGGGAAUCCUGGAGUGAUGCAUGGGAAUAAGGCUAGUACGAGCAUUGGGUGUAAGGACGACGAUGAGGUGGUGAAAAAUGCUGUAGAGCUAGUGGGAUCGCAUGACUUUGUGUUCGUUCGGUUGAUGGGACUAGCAGGUGUCAGGGGAUGGAUAACUCCCCGCGUCAACGUUUCCGAUUCUACACCCGCAUUAAUACCCGCUGCUGAUCCUCCUGCGUCUCCUACAUCCGAAGCCUUUUCCUCCGCUCUCCUCGCUACUUCAGCCCAUCUUCAAACUAUCCAUUCCUCCCUUCCACCACGGACUGCACUUCUCAUCUUCACUGGCCACUCUGAUCCUCGGAAAAUGUCAGAGCUGAAUAAGAGGAAGGCAGCAUUCGAAGCAGCUAUCAGGAAGGGGGUGUCUACGGACCAGCUGAGCGAGAACGAGAGAUGGUCCGCAGCUGAUAUGAGGGAGUUGGAGGAAGCAGUGGAGGUCGCGAAGCGAGGGUUUUUGUUUCUGGGAGUGAAGGCGUAG